UAGAUGGCAAAGUUUUGAACAUAUUAACCGGAACAAAUUCUACUCAAUCUUGUCCUAUUUGUGGUGCAAGUCCGAAACAAUUUAUGUCUAUAAGAGAUCUAAAAUCUCCUGUUUUUGAACCAAAACCAAGCACUUUAAAGUACGGCGUCAGUCCAUUACAUGCUUGGAUACGAUUUCUGGAAUUUGUAUUACAUCUUUCGUAUAGAAUCGGUAUAAAAAAGUGGCAAGUAAGGAAUCCGGAAGACAAAAAUACCAUUAAGCAAAGAAAACAGGAAAUUCAGAAAAAUUUUUGGGAGAAAAUGGGAUUGCAUAUUGACAAACCUAAGUCAAAUGGAUGUGGCUCAACAAACGACGGGAAUACGGCUAGAAGAGUGUUCGCUAACUUAGAACUAUUUGCAUCAAUUACUAAUGUUGACAUAGAUCUAUUGAGACAUUUUCAUAUAAUACUGGUGUCGAUUUCGUGCGAAUUUCGCAUUAAUUUUAAAAAGUUCAAUGAUUUCUGUAUAGAUACUGCCGAUUUAUAUUUCAAUAAGUACGAUUGGUACCCAAUGUCGGCAACAGUCCACAAGAUUUUAGUUCAUUCGGCACAAAUAAUGGAGGCGUCUUUAGUACCAGUUGGCUGCCUUGGCGAAAAUGCAUCAGAAGCAAGAAAUAAAUUUUACAAAAAAGAUCGUAUUGCCCAUGCGAGGAAAAAUUCACGAAGUAACAAUAUUGUCGAUGUGUUUAAUAGAGCUAUGGAUUCUUCUGACCCUUUGUUAUCAAGUAUCUGCUUAAAUAAUCGUACUAAAAAUAAAUUAAUUCGAAGAAUCCCACAUGAAGUUACUGAACUUUUAGAGUUGCCUGCUGUUCCAGACAAUUUAGACGUGGCUUCUACGUCCCGUCAUGAAGAUGAUGAUGAAAAUUGUAGUUCGGACGACGAUAUAGAGAUGCUCUCUGAAUAUUCUUUUGAGUUAGAAGUUGAUAUUGAACAAGAUUUGGAAUAA